UAUCCCGCUAUCGACCCGGAGAAGCAACCGAGAUCGUCGAGUUACAUCCGUUGGACGAUUUUUAUUGCUGGCGUGGCAGCUAUUCUCGAAUGAAAGUGUGAAACUGCUGUUGUUGGGGGGAAGAAGAAUUUGAGAAUUUCUUGAUCGCUGAUGAUCUUGUGAUCGUGUUACUCCAGACGGCAUCUCAGAGCGUGAUCGUAAAAUGUAUGACCUAGUUCGUACGCGGAGGGUAUGGAACAGUGCGAUGCUUGGAGUUGCGGCACUAAUGCUGCUCGUGUACACCGGAUGCCUAGCAUCUGAUGUCACCGAUGCCGGUAGCACGAAAGCAGAAGAAGCGGCUUCUGCUAACGCCGAGGACGCCCAGAGCACAACGGCAUCCGGAGAUGGAAUGGUUGCGAGCGGCGAUGCGGGCAUUCCGGAGGAUGGCAGCAGCUUUAUCGAUCAGUACGAGCAGGGGGUGCAGGCUUACCUGACGAACGAAUGGGAAGACUGCGUGUACUGGCUCGAGCGGGCGGUCGAGGGCUACCGGACGUAUUACGAAUCGGUUGCAAACUGUCGGAUCGAGUGUGAGUAUGAGGCGCGUAACGUGAAGCAUCGGGGUGACUUCCUGCAUGGUAGCAACGUAGACAACCUGCAGUACUAUGAGCUCAUCCUGCGGCGAACACUUUGCCUAUCGAAGUGUGCCCGCCGUUAUGCGAUCUAUCGGUAUCUACCGUUCAGCGAAGACUUUGACGGUUACUACAUGGACAUAUUUCAACAGCAGAAGGCCUAUCCGUAUCUGUACUCUUGCUACAUUCGGACGAAUCGCAUCACAAUGGCAGCAUCUGCAGCCUAUACCUAUCUGGUGCAGCAUCCUGACGAUAGUGUCAUGCGGAAGAGCUUCGAUGAUGCGAUUGAAAAGCCGGGCAUUGAUCGUGAAGGCAUCAAUGAUCUAGAGGAGAAGAAAUUUGUUAAGCUGCUCAUCGGUGGAAUCGUUGACGAGCAGGAAGGUAACUGGGAACGAGCGAUCGAGCAGCUCGAGGGUUCGAUCAAGCAGUUCAUCUUCGACGAAAACCAAUGUCGCGCAUUCUGCGAAGGAGAAUUCGAUCAUGGGUUCUUACCGGAUUUCAUUACGGCCAUUGGAAAUCACUUUACCAAUACACUGCACUGCAAACGUAACUGUACGGCACAUAUGGGCAUGGUGCGUGGGAAGUACUACGACAGUCUGUUCGCGCGCCAUUACCAAUCACUCCAGAAAGCGUACUAUCAAGUCCGGAAGUAUGAAGAAUCAUACCGGGCCGGUAUGAGCUACCUGCUGUUUCACGUCGAUGAUCCUGACAUGCCGGUGGCCCUGAAAGCGAUCGAAACCGAAGCAAGCGAUGCGAUAACAGCCAAGUUUUUCAAACCGCGUCCGGAAGCUAUUGAAUACAACGAUCGUAUGCUGUACGAGGAAAAGCUAGCAAACUUUGCCAGGGACGAGUUCGACCAACUCGAUGCCGAUCGUUCGGAAGGGGAAACGGAUUCUCUUCUAAACGACGCAGAUUAUGAUGAAGAACGGCCACUAGUGGAUGACAUGCCUGCCACCGAACGAGAAGCAUCUCCCAAAGAGCAGGAACAACAACAAGCGACUGAAGAUCCUAUAAAUUUGCUAUACCAACCACAGGAAACGACAGGCUAUAGCGAUCGUGAUGAGCUGUAGAAGUGACUGCCGGUGGUCAAUCCGAAGAUACUCUCGAAUGGAAAGCCUAACGCCUGUGCCAUAACGCUAGCAAUUAACAAAGAUACAUCAAGAUGAUGCGCUGUACACUAUCACUGCCGUCGCGAACAAUUAAGUGGGACACCAAGACGGUUCUCUCGCGUGAUUGAAUCAUUUACUUGGGCUUUUCGUUUUAUUGGGUUUGUUUUUAAUAAUGUUUUACAUAGAUCAAACAUAUCUAAACUUUGGAAAAUGUACCUUUUCAAAUAUAUAUUUAAUAAUUAUAUAUAGGUAUGUAUAUAUAUCUAUAUAUGUAUAAUAAUACACUGUAUCUAAAUGUCCGUUGCUCUUCUGGCAUGCAGGCGACACCGUGGUGUUCCUGAACAAAAACGAUGUUCUGUGUCUCGCCACCGGUCGAAUUCUAUUGGGUGUU